AUGACAACAACUACUGACAUACUAUUCAAUGAAUCCCCAAAUACUUGUUUGAAAAUAAAUGCUGAUCAUUUAAAACACUUUCUACUCAAUGCAAAAGCUCAACGAUGGAUGAUUUGUGAAUGGUUUUAUUCAGAUAUUGAUUGGUGUUUACUUGGCACGGAAAAUGAGUUUGAAAAUUGUAUGGAACAUUUUUUUCCCGAGUUAAUCAAUCGUGAUACUCUAAGAAAAAGAUUUGAAUUAACUCGUCGCCAAUGGAAUUUAAUUCGACGUCGAUUCGGUAAACCUAGAAGAUUCUCAUCAGCAUAUCUUAAAAAUGAAAGAAUCAAAUUAUCUAAACAACGAAAUUUACUUCGCAUUCUUCAAAAUGAAACGAAAACACAUUAUCAAUCGGAAAAAAUUUUUCUAAAUAACCUUCCGCCAUUGAUUAUUUCAUCAUUACCAUUAGGUUGUCGUGUUAUUGUUCGACUUUUUCGAUCAUCUCAAUCUGGUUUAUAUCGUGGACAAUUUAUUUCUCGAGAUGAAAAUAAUCAUCAAUUAUGUAAGAUAUUAUUUGAUGACUCAACUAUUGACUUAUUUAGUGUCAAUGAUAUUGAUGUUAUGUCUGAAGAACCUCUUGAACGGAUUAUCCUUAUUGAUAAACUGAAAGCCAUAAAAUUUGGCGAAAAAGAUAAAAUAUAUUUAAAUAGUGAUAACGACGAAGAAGAUUUUCAAACAACAGAUGAUGAUGAAACGACAAUAAAGACAGAUGUGAUAACUAAAAUACCUGAUCGAUUAUUAUACUUAAUUAUUCGAGUAUCACGAAUACUUUGUGCUAAACGUGACUCAAUUGAAAAACUACGUAAAAUGAAUGAUCAAGCAGAAUAUGAAUUAAGUAGACAAAUUCCACUAAGUGAUAUUUUUCGACGAGAUUAUGCUCAUUUAAUUCAAUGGUUAGCAAAAUUAAAUGAAUUUUUAGCAAAAUUUAUUGAAGAAAUAAAUAAAAUAUGUCGAGAAAUUGUAACUGAUGAGCAAUUACUCGCAGUAUUCAAUGAUACAAAAUUUGUGUGUGAUAGAUCGCAACGAAUAGCACAAGAGGUUGUCAAUAAACUUAAUAUUUCACCAAUGGUUAUUAAUGAAGGAAAUCUUGAAUUGAUUAGAAAACUUGUUGCUAUUGUUGUUCAAAUGAAAGAAUUUUCCGAAAGUGAAGGUUCUUUUUUGGAGUUACAUGCGCUUGAUGAAGCAAAUGAAAAUUUUAAGAAAUUUAUUCAUCCAUCACUUUUAUCUACUUAUAAGCAAUGUGUAGAAAGUAGUGUAACUCAAUUUAAAUCUGGUCUGAACCAUCGUCCUGGUCUUGGUUUGUUACAAUCGUUUCUUCAUACACAAACAGAAUCAAAUGAUAUACAAACUAAUAAUUCUGCUAUUAAUCAAACUUUCUUUAGUCUCUGA